AUGUUUUUCAAGGUACUUUGCGUGCUGUCUAUCGUUGUCGCGGUGGUCUCCGGCCACGGCUACUCCUCCCAGUACGUGCACAAACACGACGGUCACCAAGAGCCAGUGCACCACGGACAUGAUCACCACGACUACUACACUCACCCCAAGUACGAGUUCGAGUACAAGGUGGAGGACUCUCACACGGGCGACCACAAGUCGCAGCACGAGCACCGCGACGGUGACGUCGUCAAGGGACACUACUCGCUGCAUCAGCCCGACGGCUCCGUCAGGCACGUCGACUACCACGGCGAUCAUCACACCGGCUUCCAUGCCGACGUAAAGUUCAGCACUCACCACGAGAUUCCUCACCACCAUCAUCAUGUUAUCCUAGUCGCUACUGUCCUCGCUGUGGUGAGCGCGCGGCCGCAGCACGGUCACGACUACCACCACGGUCACGGUCACGCUGUGUCAUCGCAGAGCAUCGUACUGCACCAAACUCACGAGAGCAAGCACGAGCCCGUACACCACGUGGAACAUCAUGAGGAGCAGCACGAGCAGCACCAGGAGGAGCAUCACCACGGACACCACGAGGAACACCACGGCCACGCCUCCUCCUCACAGAGCAUCAAGCAGCACCACGGCAAAGCCACAGAGAAACACGUCGAGUACUAUUCUCACCCUAAGUACGAGUUCGCGUACAAAGUGGUGGACCCUCACACCGGCGACAAGAAAUCUCAGCACGAGUCUCGUGACGGUCACGUCGUGAAGGGCGUGUACAGUCUGCAUCAACCCGACGGCACCGUCAGGAUCGUUGAGUACCAUGCUGACAAGAAAACCGGGGAAGUUAACUCACCCUGUGUGAUGGUCGCCGUGGUAGUGGACGUCCCUGACGGAGCCGUCGGGCUGAUGCAGCGAGUAGUGUCCCUUGACGACGUCACCGUCGCGGUGCUCGUGCUGCGACUUGUGGUCGCCCGUAUGAGAGUCCUCCACUUUGUACUCGAACUCGUACUUGGGAAAAUGAUCCUACAGGUACUUUGCGCGCUGUCAGUUGCCGUCGUGGUGGUAUCCGCGCACGGAUACUCAUCUCAAUACGUCCACAAGUACGACGGUCACCACGAGCCAGUGCACCACGGACAUGAUCACCACGACUACUACACUCACCCCAAGUACGAGUUCGAGUACAAGGUGGAGGACUCUCACACGGGCGACCACAAGUCGCAGCACGAGCACCGCGACGGUGACGUCGUCAAGGGACACUACUCGCUGCAUCAGCCCGACGGCUCCGUCAGGGACGUCCACUACCACGGCGACCAUCACACCGGCUUCCACGCCGAUGUGAAAUACAGCACACACCACAUGGUGCCUCACCAUCAUUACUAAAGGACCUUUUUGAGUCUCUAGACAGAACUGAAUUAUGAAAAAUAAAAGAAAGUUAAACUU